UAGUGAUCCUGCAGUCCUUCCAUUGACUGUAAUGGCAGUGCUAUUCAUGGACUGACUCUAGGAUUGGACUGUUUACUAAGCAAAUAAUCAGAAUCAGCAAAUUUGGAGUCAUAUGGGCACCCAAUAAGCAGCCUGUUUUGUUGUCGGAUUUGCUAUAAAAUCCCAAAUCCCCACAGCUCCUGGCUGCUGGCACCAGGGCUCACUAACAGCAAACAGGAUGGCCUUUCACUCUGUGCUCUUUGUUUUCUUAGCUGGACUGGUAUUUCUCUCCGAAGCCGCACCACUGGUGUCCCAUGGCUCUGUUGACUCCAAAUGCCCUCUCAUGGUGAAAGUGCUGGAUGCAGUCAGAGGAAGUCCUGCAGCUAACGUAGCUGUUAAAGUCUUUAAAAAGGCUGCAGAUGGAAGCUGGCAAGACUUUGCUACUGGGAAAACCACAGAGUAUGGGGAGAUCCAUGAGCUCACAACAGAAGAACAGUUUGUAGAAGGAAUAUACAGGGUUGAGUUUGACACCAGCUCUUAUUGGAAGGGACUUGGUCUUUCUCCAUUCCAUGAAUAUGCUGAUGUGGUGUUCACUGCUAAUGAUUCCGGUCACCGCCACUAUACCAUUGCCGCUCUCCUCAGUCCUUUCUCUUAUUCAACCACUGCUGUUGUCACUGAUCCCAAGGAAUAAACAUGUACUGUCGUUACACGAACGCCCUCCUCCUCUAGAACUAUCGUAGGCUUUUAGAAGGAAGGUUUUUCCUACUGCUAAUGCAUGACUUUUUGCUACAUUAGGGUUUUUUUCCAUUUUGUAACCUGGCAAACUUCAGACAAGUCAAUAAAAUGUUACUUCUUUAAAACAA